AUGUCGGAACAAGUUCAGCAAGAGGAACCGAUGGACGUCUCCGCUACAUCCGAAGGAGCGGAGAACCAGGUAAAGAAAAUUAUUGUCCUAUUUCUUGCUUUAGGCUCCAGUAAAAACAGAGUCCUUCACUCCGCAAGAGCCCACACCUCCAGUCAAACAAGAAGAUCAAUCUCCGGAGAGGCAGAACGUUGGAUCUCUUGGGACGUCAUCGACACUGCCUGCUUCUAAAGACACUAAGGACAAUUCAGGGCCUCCCACAGCACCAAAUUACCAUUGUAUAUUUACGCUGAAUGGGCAUUCCAAGGCUGUAGCUUCUGUUAAAUUUAGUCAUGAUGGGAACCUAGUGGCAUCGGCUUCAGCAGAUAAGACUGUCAGGCUUUGGAAUCCAAUAGAUGGAAAGAGUGAGAGAGUUAUUAGUGGCCACAAACUCGGAAUCUCGGAUUGCUGUUGGUCUUAUGACUCGAGAUUAAUUGCAACUUGUUCUGACGACAAAUUCUUGAAACUUUUUGAUGUCGCCUCGGUAAGGAUAACAUAAUUCCAUUCGUAAUCUUUGGAAAGUUUUGUUAUAAUGUUAUGGUUUUAGGGGAAAUGCCUAAAGACCAUGCGAGGACAUCAGAAUUAUGUGUUUUGUUGUAAUUUCAACCCUCAGUCGAAUCUCUUGGUAUCUGGGUCUUUCGAUGAGACUGUCAGAAUAUGGGAUGUGCGGUCCGGAGCUUGUAUCAAGACAUUACCUGCUCAUUCCGAUCCUGUGAGUGCUGUCAGCUUCAACCGAGAUGGUGGAAUGAUAGCAACCAGUUCCUAUGAUGGGUUGGUCAGAAUCUGGGACACGUCUAAUGGGCAAUGUCUCAAAACUUUGGUCGGUGAGUAACCUUUUGGUGUAUUCCUCUUGGUUGGUCUUUGAAAUUGAUGAUUGUCUGUGCUCAAUUCAUUGGGAAUACCAAUUUUAUAUUUCUUCAGAUGAUGAGAACCCACCAGUUUCAUUUGUCAAAUUCUCCCCCAACGGAAAGUACCUUCUUGCUGCCACACUGGAUUCUCAACUAAAAUUGUGGGAUUAUAACAAAGGAAAGUCGCUAAAGUCAUAUUCUGGACAUCGGAAUGACAAGUAUUGCAUUUUUGCCAAUUUCUCGGUUACCGGAGGAAAGGUAGAAUAUUUGAUUGUUUGAUUUUAUGCUUUUAGUGGAUUGUAAGUGGAUCGGAGGAUAACUGUAUCUACCUAUGGAACCUGCAGACCAGAGAUAUUGUGCAAAAAUUGACUGGGCAUACUGGUAUGUUGUUUUAUAUGAAUUAUAUUCUUGGGGUUAGGUCGUAAGAGUUUUGUUAUCCGUGAUGUCAUUAUUGAUGAUUAUUCUCUUUAGAUAUUGUAUUGUCAACCGACUGUCAUCCCACAAGAAAUAUGAUUGCCUCAGGUGGUCUCGAACAAGAUCGCUCCGUCAAGAUCUGGGUCAGCGACUUCUAA